AUGCGUCCCGAAGUCGAACAAGAACUCGCCCACACGUUGCUGGUCGAGCUUCUCGCCUACCAGUUUGCGUCGCCCGUCAGAUGGAUUGAGACACAAGAUGUGAUUCUCGCCGAGAAGCGAACGGAGAGGAUAGUGGAGAUUGGUCCGGCAGACACCCUCGGAGGCAUGGCCAAACGGACACUGGCCUCGAAAUAUGAAGCUUAUGAUGCAGCCACAUCCGUGCAGCGACAGAUUCUCUGCUAUAACAAGGACGCCAAAGAAAUUUAUUACGAUGUCGAUCCCAUCGAAGACGAGCCGGAAUCACCAGAGCCUUCUGCAGACUCUGGUUCUGCCGCCCCUGCUGCCGCCGCCGCAGCUCCAGUCGCAGCUCCCGUCGCCGCAGCGCCCAGCGCGGGCCCUGCUGCGAUGGUCGAAGAUGUUCCUGUCUCCGCUACCGAUAUUGUUAGAACUCUCGUUGCACAGAAGUUGAAGAAGGGACUAGCAGAUAUCCCUGUGAACAAAGCUAUCAAAGAUUUGGUGGGAGGUAAAUCCACCUUGCAAAAUGAAAUCCUCGGUGACUUGGGCAAAGAGUUUGGUUCGACUCCAGAGAAACCAGAAGAUACCCCGCUCGAUGAAUUGGGUGCCUCAAUGCAGGCUACAUUCAACGGACAGCUCGGCAAACAGUCUUCGUCCUUGGUCGCUCGUUUCGUGUCCUCGAAGAUGCCUGGUGGUUUCAACAUUACAGCGGUGAGAAAAUACCUCGAGACUCGGUGGGGUCUCGGCCCUGGAAGACAAGAUGGUGCUUUGUUGCUGGCGUUGACUGCCGAGCCUGCGUCUCGUCUAGGCUCUGAUGCCGAUGCAAAGGCCUAUCUCGAUGGAAUCGCGAACAAGUAUGCGGCACAUGCAGGCAUCAGCCUUUCAUCGCCUAGUGCAGGCGGUGAUAGCAGUGGUGGCGCCGGUGGUGGUAUGAUGAUGGAUCCAGCUGCCAUUGAUGCAUUGACCAAAGACCAGCGUGCACUUUUCAAGCAACAACUCGAGGCCAUCGCUCAUUACCUGAAGAUGGACUUGCGCGCCGGGGACAAGGCCCACAUUGCCUCCCUCGAGUCUCAGAAGGCUCUCCAAGCCCAACUGGAUCUUUGGCAAGUCGAGCAUGGUGAUGUCUACGCUUCCGGUAUUGCACCCUCUUUCGACUCGUUGAAGGCGCGUAUCUAUGAUUCUUCCUGGAAUUGGGCUCGACAGGACGCAUUGAGCAUGUACUACGACAUCAUUUUUGGAAAGCUUCGAGUUGUGGACAGAGAAAUUGUCAGCCAGUGUAUUCGCAUCAUGAACCGCUCCAACCCUCUUCUUCUCGAUUUCAUGCAAUAUCACAUCGACAACUGUCCCACCGAGCGAGGUGAAACCUAUCAGCUGGCAAAGGAAUUGGGUGAACAGCUCAUUGAGAACUGCAAGGAAGUUUUGGGUCAUGCUCCAGUCUACAAGGAUGUUGCCAUUCCAACUGGUCCACAAACCACCAUUGAUGCACGCGGCAACAUUUCAUACGCGGAAGUGCCUCGUGCAAGUGUUCGCAAGCUCGAACACUACGUCAAGCAGAUGGCUGAAGGCGGUCCUAUUUCGGAGUACAGCAACCGAACAAAGGUCCAGAACGACCUCAAGAACGUCUACAAACUCAUUCGCAAGCAACACCGAUUGUCCAAAACUUCCCAAUUGCAGUUCAACGCUUUGUACAAGGAUGUUCUACGCGCUCUCUCCAUGAACGAGAGCCAGAUCAUGCCCCAAGAAAAUGGCCACGCCAAGAAGGGCCGUCUAAGCAAGCCCAAUGGAACGCUUCGCCCAGGAAAAGUCGAGACCAUUCCUUUCCUUCAUCUCAAGAAGAAGGACGACCACGGUUGGGAAUACAGCAAGAAGUUGACCGGCAUUUACUUGGACGGUUUGGAAUCUGCCGCUCGACAGGGUAUUACUUUCCAGGGAAAGAAUGCUCUCAUGACUGGCGCUGGCGCCGGAUCUAUCGGAGCUGACGUUCUCCAAGGCUUGAUCAGCGGUGGCGCCAAGGUUGUGGUCACUACCAGCCGCUUCUCUCGUGAAGUGACAGAGUACUACCAGAGCAUGUACGCAAGAUACGGUGCCAGAGGCUCUCAGCUUGUUGUUGUUCCUUUCAACCAAGGUAGCAAGCAAGACGUGGAAGCUCUCGUUGAUUACAUCUAUGAUUCCAAGAAAGGUCUUGGUUGGGAUUUGGAUUACAUUGUGCCGUUCGCCGCCAUCCCUGAAAACGGUCGUGAGAUUGAUAGCAUUGACUCGAAAUCCGAGCUCGCUCACCGUAUCAUGUUGACGAACUUGUUGCGCCUUCUCGGUUGCAUCAAGACGCAGAAGCAAGCGCAUGGCUUCGAAACACGUCCCGCCCAGGUCAUUCUUCCUCUUUCCCCCAAUCAUGGUACUUUCGGAAACGACGGUCUCUAUUCCGAAUCGAAGUUGGCGUUGGAGACUCUGUUCAACCGAUGGCAUUCAGAGAGCUGGGCCAGCUACCUCACUAUUUGUGGUGCGGUCAUUGGCUGGACCCGUGGAACUGGCCUCAUGAGCGCCAACAACAUGACUGCUGAAGGCGUUGAGAAGUUGGGCGUUCGUACCUUCUCUCAGCAAGAAAUGGCUUUCAACCUUUUGGGUCUCAUGGCCCCUGCCAUUGUCAACCUCUGCCAGACAGAACCAGUCUUUGCCGAUCUCAACGGUGGCUUGCAGUUCAUUCCUGACUUGAAGGAUCUCAUGUCCAGGCUCCGUAGUGAGAUUAUGGAGACGAGUGCUGUUCGCCAAGCUGUCAUCAAGGAAAAUGCUAUUGAGAACAAGGUUGUCAAUGGAGAAGAUAGCGAGGCUCUUUACAAGAAGGUUGUCACCGAACCUCGUGCUAACCUCAAGUAUCCAUUCCCUGAACUUCCAAGCUGGGACGAGGAGAUCAAACCGCUUCACGAACAGCUCAAGGGCAUGGUCAAUUUGGACAAGGUUGUUGUUGUUACCGGUUUCGCCGAGGUUGGCCCAUGGGGAAACUCUCGUACUCGAUGGGAAAUGGAAGCAUACGGCAAGUUCUCAUUGGAGGGAUGCGUUGAAAUGGCAUGGAUGAUGGGCUUGAUCAAGAACCACAACGGGCCAUUGAAGGGCAAACCUUAUUCCGGAUGGGUUGAUUCCAAGACUGGGGAACCUGUGGAUGACAAGGACGUCAAGGCCAAGUAUGAGAAGUAUAUCCUUGAACACUCUGGUAUCCGUUUGAUCGAACCCGAGCUUUUCAAUGGAUACGACCCCAACAAGAAGCAGCUUCUUCAGGAAGUUGUCAUCGAAGCAGACCUUGAGCCCUUUGAGACAUCUAAAGAGACUGCUGAAGAGUUCAAGCGUGAGCACGGUGACAAGGCUGAGAUCUUUGAGAUUCCUGAGUCAGGUGAAUACCUUGUUCGUCUCAAAAAGGGCGCAAACUUGAUGAUCCCCAAGGCCUUGCAGUUUGACCGUCUUGUGGCUGGUCAAAUCCCGACCGGUUGGGACGCUAAGCGAUAUGGUGUUCCUGAUGAUAUUAUUGACCAGGUGGACCCUGUCACUCUUUACGUCCUUGUCAGCACUGCAGAGGCCUUGCUUUCGUCUGGUAUUACCGAUCCUUACGAGUUUUACAAAUAUGUUCACUUGUCCGAGGUCGGUAACUGUAUCGGUUCUGGUGUCGGAGGUACUUCUGCCUUGAGGGGUAUGUACAAGGAUCGUUACCUUGACAAGCCAGUGCAGAAGGAUAUCUUGCAAGAAUCAUUCGUCAACACAAUGGCCGCUUGGGUUAACAUGCUUCUGUUGUCGUCUACUGGUCCUAUUAAGAGUCCUGUCGGUGCAUGUGCGACAUCUGUUGAAUCUCUGGAUAUUGGUUACGAUACCAUUGUCGAAGGCAAAGCUCGCAUCUGCUUGGUCGGUGGUUUCGAUGACUUCCAGGAAGAAGGCUCAUACGAAUUCGCCAACAUGGGCGCUACCAGCAACGCAAAGGAAGAGUUCAAAAGAGGACGUACUCCACAGGAUAUGUCUCGUCCCACAUCCACCACGCGAAAUGGUUUCAUGGAAUCUCAGGGUUGCGGUGUCCAAGUACUCAUGACUGCUCAACUCGCUCUUGACAUGGGUGUACCUAUCUACGGUAUCGUUGCUAUGUCCAGCACAGCUACUGACAAGAUUGGGCGUUCCGUGCCAGCUCCUGGUCAAGGUGUACUUACAGUUGCUCGCGAGAACCCUGGCAACUUCCCGUCGCCCUUGCUUGAUAUCAAAUACCGCCGCCGCCAAUUGGAACUCCGUCGUCAACAGAUAAAGCAGUGGGAGGAGUCCGAGCUUCUUUACCUUCAAGAAGAAGCCCAGGCGCUCAAGAGCCAGAGCUCCGAGUCGUUCAAGGUUUCCGAAUACAUGCAAGAGCGGGCUGAACACAUUCAACGUGAGGCUAUCCGUCAAGAGAAGGAAGCUCAAAGCAGCUUGGGCAAUGAUUUCUGGCGUCGUGACCCUCGCAUUGCUCCUUUGCGUGGUGCAUUGGCUACCUGGGGUCUCACCAUUGAUGACCUUGGUGUUGCCUCUUUCCACGGAACGUCUACUGUUGCCAAUGACAAGAAUGAGUCUGAUGUUAUUUGCCGGCAGUUGACUCACUUGGGUCGCAAGAAGGGUAAUGCUGUUUUGGGUAUCUUCCAGAAGUACUUGACCGGCCACCCCAAGGGUGCUGCUGGUGCAUGGAUGAUGAAUGGAUGUCUUCAGGUGCUCAAUACCGGUCUUGUUCCAGGCAAUCGCAACGCCGAUAACGUUGACAAGGUUAUGGAGAAAUUCGACUUGAUUGUAUACCCCAGCCGAACGCUCAAGACGGACGGCAUUAAGGCAUUCUCAGUCACUUCAUUCGGUUUCGGUCAAAAGGGUGCUCAGGCUAUUGGUGUUCAUCCUAAAUACCUGUAUGCCACCUUAGACAAGGCUCAGUUCCAAUCAUAUCGCAACAAGGUUGAAGCACGUCAAAAGAAGGCAUACCGUUACUUCCACAACGGUAUGAUCAACAACACCCUCUUCCGUGCUAAGAGCAAGGCUCCAUACGAGGACAAUAUCCAGAGCAAGGUCUUCCUUAACCCAGACUACCGCGUUAGCUUGAACACAAAGACUUCUGAAUUCACUUACCCUGCUGUCUUUUCACCGGCACCUGCUACUCCAGUUGUUGAGUCCGACAAGACCCGCAAGAUCGUCGAAUCCCUAGCUGCUGCCACCGCAGGACCCAACUCACAAGUCGGUGUUGACGUCGAGGAUGUCGAAGCCAUCAACAUCGAGAACGACACCUUUAUCGAGCGCAACUUUACUGAGCGCGAGCAAGAAUACUGCCGCAAAGCGCCAUCCCCUCAAGCCUCAUUUGCAGGUAAAUGGAGCGCAAAGGAAGCCGUUUUCAAAUCCCUCGGUGUCCAAUCCAAGGGAGCUGGGGCUCCAUUGAAAGACAUCGAAAUCAUCAAUGAUACCAACGGCGUCCCUGUAGUAACUCUCCAUGGAUCCGCCGCCGAAGCCGCAAAACUCGCAGGCAUCAAAUCAGUGAAUGUGAGCAUCAGCCACAGCGAUUCUCAAGCCAUUGCAGUCGCUGUGUCGAAGCUCUAAGAAGAUUUUUCCUCACUGAUAGAUUUAAUAUUUCUCUUGUAAUGCUUCCUAAUGAGCGAUGCCUUUUUCUCUUUCCUGAUACUUUCCUCAUCAUGUCUAUUUAUCCUUUCUUCUGUCAUGUCUCUGUAUGCCGCUCUGUUCUGUUGAUAAAGACAGGGAAAAGAAAAUAAUAAUAGAUUCAGUGAAUAAUAUAGAAUGAUCGUGAUGUACACAUUCUAUAUACUCGUUGUGUAAAUACCUAAAUCAUACUCUUUAUUCACC